CGCCAUGGAGCUGGAGGAGCUGGGCAUCCGGGAGGAGUGCGGCGUGUUCGGCUGCAUCGCCUCCGGAGUGUGGCCCACCGAGCUGGACGUGCCCCAUGUGAUCACGCUGGGGCUGGUGGGGCUGCAGCACAGGGGCCAGGAGAGUGCUGGAAUUGUGACAAGUGAUGGAGAGUCAUCCCAGGCAUUCAAAGUGCACAAGGGAAUGGGUCUUAUAAAUCACAUCUUCAAUGCAGACAGCCUGAAGAAGCUGUACGUUUCCAACCUGGGUAUUGGGCACACAAGGUAUUCCACCUCAGGAAUUUCGGAGCUACAGAACUGCCAGCCUUUUGUUGUAGAGACUCUUCAUGGGAAGAUUGCUGUGGCGCACAAUGGGGAGCUAACAAACGCUAUACAACUCAGGAGGAAGCUUAUGAAGCAUGGUGUAGGGCUGUCGACCAGUUCUGACAGUGAGCUGAUCACCCAGCUGCUGGCUUUCACACCUCCUCUAGAAAAUGACGAUACAGCCGACUGGGUGGCAAGAAUAAAAAAUUUAAUGAAUGAAACUCCAACUUCAUAUUCAUUGCUAAUUAUGCAUAAAGACAUAAUCUAUGCAGUACGUGAUCCAUAUGGGAAUCGCCCACUCUGCAUUGGUCGCCUUAUUCCAGUAGGGGACAUGAAUGGAAAAGGAAAAGAUAACAGUGAAACAGAAGGAUGGGUAGUCUCCUCUGAAUCCUGUAGCUUUUUGUCUAUUGGUGCAGAGUACUAUCGUGAGGUCCUUCCUGGAGAGAUUGUGAAAAUAUCCAGAUACGAUGUCCAGACACUAGAUGUUGUACCAAGACCUGAAGGAGAUCCAUCAGCAUUCUGCAUCUUUGAAUAUGUUUAUUUUGCAAGACCUGACAGUAUUUUUGAAGGUCAGAUGGUGUACUCAGUCAGGAGAAGGUGUGGGCAGCAGCUUGCUAUUGAAGCACCUGUGGAAGCAGACCUGGUCAGCACUGUCCCAGAGUCUGCAACCCCAGCAGCUCUUGGUUAUGCUCAAAAGUGUGGACUACCAUAUGUUGAAGUGCUCUGUAAAAAUCGAUAUGUAGGAAGAACAUUUAUCCAGCCAAAUAGGAGGUUACGGCAACUUGGUGUUGCAAAGAAGUUUGGCGUUCUGUCUGAUAAUUUUAAAGGCAAGCGAGUUGUUAUCAUUGAUGAUUCAAUUGUGAGGGGCAAUACCAUUUCACCCAUAAUAAAACUACUGAGAGAAUCAGGAGCCAAAGAGGUGCAUAUCCGCGUGGCCUCGCCUCCCAUAAGAUUUCCUUGUUACAUGGGAAUAAACAUUCCAACUAAAGAAGAACUCAUUGCCAACAGACCCGAAUUUCAUGAUCUUGCAAACUAUAUAGGAGCAGACAGUGUUGUCUACCUUUCAGUGGAAGGGCUGGUAUCGUCUGUGCAGGAAAGCAUCAAAGCAAGGCAAGAGAAUGAGAACAGCCUUAAAACCCACAAGUUGCACGUUGGAAAGAUUGGUCACUGCACUGCGUGUCUCACUGGAGAGUAUCCCGUAGAGCUAGAAUGGUGAAGUGUUUGUGGAUGGACAUGAGCCCAUCUGUUGCUGAAUGUACCUUUUUCAAAGAGUUGUUCUUGCCAAUAGUCUUUUUACAUUUAGGGUACUAUGAAAAGCUUAUUACAGCUAACCCAUUACUGUUACUAAACCACAUCUUUACAGUAAAGACUUACAGAAAGUCUGAUGUGAUGAAAACAAUGUAAGCAGAUUAAAAUACAAAAUCAUAGUUUUGAUGCACAGUUGUGCCUUCUAUUUUCUCAUAAAAUAUUAUAAAAGCCAAAGUUUUUUUAAUUAUAUAGCAGUCCCAGAGUUUUUUUUUGUUUCGGUCUUGCCCUAAAAGAUAUCCCUGUUAGAAUUGUUCACAAAUUGUGGGUCGUAUGGUGUAAUUUCAAUUAUCAAAUUCAUAAUACAGAAGAAUGUGAAGUUUGCUUUUCUCCUUUGGAAAAAUACCAGAUUCUGAAGAAUUAAAUUGCUUCCUCAGCAGUUCUUGCCUAAGCUUUUUGAGAACAGAAGUGCCUAACUUUUGCCAAUGUAGCUCAACAGCCUUUAUUAAUCCCCAGCCUUUGUAACAGACUCUAUGAACAUAAUGUCUAGUAUAUAAUUUUAAAAAAUUGAAGACUCAGGGAAACACUCUGCCAAAAGCUCUCUAGUUUUGUAACUUUAAAAUACUCUUUUUGAACUCCAGUGUAAUUACAUUAUCUUCAUGUGCUUUCAUCAGUUGCCAAUAGGAUGUGGAAGGAAAAAAAAAUACUUGGCACUGUAAUUUUUUUUUCCUGUUCUACAUCUUCUUUUCUCCAGGACAAGUCCUGACAAUUUCUGAAGAGUGAGCUCACACUCAGUGUGCUUUUCACAUGUCAACAUCCAAAGUAAACCUAAAAAGUCAGUCUUCAUUUUCAACAGAAAAAACAAUGUACCAACUGAAGAUUAUGAGUUGUUUUGGGUAUAGGUUUAUUUUACUAUAUUACUGCUGUUAAAAUAGAUGUAAUGUUUCAGAAGAAAAAAGUUCUGAAGAAUGCAUUGUAUUUUUUAACUGAUUACUGUAUACAUGAAGAUCACUUCGACAACUAACCACUUGCUGAAAAUGGAAAAGCACCUUUGGAAAACUACUGUGAAUUUACACACAAUUGUAAAACUAUUUUGUAUACCUCAGUUUUGUUCACUGAAUACCAGCAACUUAAUUUUACAUUUUCUAUUUAAUAUUGUGUAUUUUGGCCUUAUAAUUGUUUGUGACACUGUUUAAAAAAAAAUAGGUAAGAGCUUCUUCUGUCUCCAUCAUCUUCCAUAUAGUUGAGAAUUACAGCACUGGUUAUUGAAUUCAGAAGCGAACUUUCUUACAUGGGGGUUUGUAGCAAUGGUGCCCAAUAGACAAUCACAACAUGGAAGUCCCAGUUCAAGAAAGCAUGUACAAGAAGGGAUAAGGCAAACUCUUAGGUUAUAAAUACAUAUGACAGGCCUUUCUAUCUGAGAUAAAACCUUAGAUGCAUGGUUUAACAAGGCUGCAAGCAGAAGCCUACUGAUUUAUCUGAAAAAAUGUCUCUAGAACAGACUGAAACUUGUGCAAAUACUUUUGACAGGUUUUUAACAAAACUGGUAUUUUUGAAGUCUGGCAAUAAUUGCUGAAAUGGGAUUUGAGCAUUAGGUGGCGUAAUUCCUAUUUAAUGAGUCCUAAUGCCCUUUCCCCCCUCCACGUAGGAAUGUGAAAUUUCAGUCAGCUAUGGUAAGCACUGUAAUUUUUAGAUACACUACAUGCCUAAUCUUUAGGUCAUAUUUUCAAAAACCUUAAGUUAAAAAUUAGGUAUUUUCCAUAUAUCACUGUAUUCUCUGCCAGCUGGGUUUAUGUUUUGGGUUACCUGGCCUUUUUUUUAAUCACAUAUACAGCAGGACUUACACCUGCAAUGUUGAGGGAGAAAACUCUGAUUUUGAGUGUUGCUAUUUGUAUUAUGUGAAUGUUUUAUUGUGAAACUGUUCCUGCUGUAUUACCAAUGUGCAAAUGUGCCAAUUAUAAUUUACAGAAUGUGACAAAGCAGUAGAAAGCUGAUGUCUAACCUCUCCCAUAGCUAAUAUUAAACAUGGUUAUGAACUGGUC